AGAUUUAGUCGCCAUUCCGAUCCUUCAAAGAGUGUUUCGUGUUUGGAGUAGUAAAGAUUAAUGCUAUUGCUGUUUGCCUCGAGUUUUCAAUGUUGUAUGUCGUAAUUAGUUUAUACUUAUUCAGUGUGUAACUGUCGUCAAUUAGCGUAACGUAAUGGCAUCACGUCGAAAAUCUGUUCAGUCUGAGAGUGAUGACCCCAGUGAUCCAGAUUAUGAAAUAAGACCGUCCAAUCACCGAACCAAAUCACUGCCUAAAGAUCAAGUGGGGCUUUUCGCCCCCAACGACACUUUUGUGCAGGAUGAUUUGGACUCUGAUUGUGUGCAUACUUUUGAUAAUAAUACGCUCAUCCGAAUAGAGUAUCCAGGACGUGUGAAGAACAUCGACAAAGCUAUAGAAACACUUGGGGGAAUUGACGAGAUUCAAAGGGCACUUGACGGCAAAAAACUUGAAUUAUGUUUCCAUCCGAAAAGUCAGUACAUUCGAGGAUGCGCUGGAAACGUGGGGCAUAAUGUAGGUUUUCUCUUGAAAGUAAAAAAGGACAAGCAAACGAAAAUACUAUCAUAUGAAGUAAUUGGCGCUGUUGAUACAACUUUUAAGUUUGUUGGGAUGUGUGACUUUCAGUAUCUGCCACUACUCCCCAAAGAUAAACCAGAAUGUAAAGAAUCGGAUGUUGAAUAUUUACAUGACCGAAUAGUACUGGACGAGAUGCCUACCUUGGAUUGGUUCGCAAAGAGUAACCCAGUGUUUUUAACGUGUUCAAGCUAUGCACGUUUUGACCAGCCCCACGGUCGAUUUGAGUCUCAUGCUCCUGAGGUUCUAAACGCAACACUGAGGAAAGAUGCUCCACAGUUAACAGAUGUCAGCAAAAAGAAUUUGAGAACGAAAACUAGCAUAACAACAACCAGAGUUUCAUUGCACAAAAUUGUUAAUAUACCCACGGAACCUCCACCAGGUUCAUUGGACAACAUAACUUCGCCGUUCUUACGGAGUCAACUAAAACUGGUACAAGAACUUUUUGAGUUACGCCCUGUUUGGACCAAACCUGCAGUCUUGGAUAAAACCAACAUGAAUAUUGACACAGCAAAGCUAAUUCUUCCCUGCGUUGCCUAUUAUUGUAUUGGUGGACCGUGGAGAAUUUGUUGGAUCAAAUUUGGAUAUAAUCCUUUCACAGACAUUAAUUCUCGCUUUUAUCAAAUUUUAGAUUUUCGCGUUCGGCACACGGAAGGAAUGCAGCUGAAAGUUAAAGCUAAGCGAUCAGUAAAUAAUAAUUUAACCAAGAGUUUUGCUGCUCAGGAUCUUUCAGAAUUACAUUACACGCUGAGGCCUAAUCAAGUGCCUCUUGCGAGGCAAAUGCUAUACCAAUAUUGUGAUAUCCUACUUCCGGAAGUCCAAGAUAUGCUUGUCAAUCUACCUAAAUUGCCAGCUUCAGGAGAAUUCGAUGCAAAGAAUGGCUGGCUGCCAUUAAACUUUCAUGAGCAAUGCCGCGAAAUUGUGAAUCGCUAUUGUUUUGCUGCUGUGCAGCAGGAGAUGCUAAAAGAAAUACAAACAGCUAAACCCGCUGAAAAACCAGAUAUAGCGACAUACUGUAGCAAAAUGCUAAGCAACAUAAAAAAAGGAAUUUCUCAAAGCAUGGGCGAGUAUCCAAACGCGAUGCCAUCGACUAGUGGAACUAUUGUUGAACAUAUUGAUUUGAGUGAUACGGAAAUAGAUGUUAAUGAAAUGAUGAACAAUCUUCCAGAGAGAUUACCAAAUACUUUUGAAGAGGAAGCAGAUUUUGAUUCUGAUUUGGAUAUUGACAUGGAGAUUGUGGACGAGGUAAAUGAAUUAGUUGCAGGAAUGACAGACAAAAACUUACCAUAGUUAUUGCUCAGUUAUUAAUACAGGUACAUAUAAUAAAUCUCUGAAUCAUUGAUUAGAAAAGACAUAUUUUUUGAUAUAUUAGCAUGUGCUGGUAAUAUGCUUCGGUUACAUCUUACAUUUAUAGAAACAUUUAUAUGAAACAAAAAAGGAUGAAAUAAUAUUUUUGUAUUACUAGGAAAUUGUUUCUAGUUGCUAGGAAAAAAAUCAAUAUUUACUGGUUCAGACUAGAGUGUUAAGAAAAUGUGCCAAACAUAUUAAAAAAAAAUUAGAUGAUUUGAGGGAGCCAAUUGAAAUCUGCUUUCAUGAUUUUAUUAGUUAUCUAACUCAAAUUGUAUUUGUAUUGUCUUCUUUAUUGCAGUAGUUGGUUCAUGUAUGUUCCUUUAAUACAAUUAAUUCCGAAUAUUGUGGAAUGGUCGAUUUUAUUAUUUAUUCGCUUCGCCAGAAAAUAUGUAGAAUUGUUGUUGUUGACUGUGAAUAAAUAACUUUGACAUUUGAA